AUUAUGGAAUAAAACAAUCGCAGACAGAGAAAGAAAGAGUCUGUUCGGUCCAUCCCCCAACUACGAACGGCGUCGUUUCAAAAUCCAAACCCCUACCAACCUCAAAACUUUCGUUAAAAUUGUUGUUAAUUACAGGGGUAAAACGAAACAACCAGCCUUAGCUGCUAAGCUUUCGACCGAAUUGUUGUCUCUCUGUCUUCUCUUCUGUAUAAAAACCCCCUGCCAAGAGUAAUUACCAUCAUGACUUCCAUGGCUAACCACCACCAACAACGAACCACGGACAGCCUACAACAACAACAACUCGAACAAGGAAGCCCCAUAAGCUUAUUGCCUGAAGGCUCCAUCGCCGACAUCAUCUCCCGCACUACCCCUCGUGAUGCAUGCCGCCUGGCUUUGUUUUCUAAAAUCUUCAGGUCCGCCGCCGAAUCCGACGUAGUCUGGGAGCGCUUCUUGCCACCCGACUACCAAACCAUCAUUUCUAAGUCUUCCCCUUGGCCGCCGUCUUCCUUGCUUUGUCUGCUUUCUACGUCUUCUUUGCCUGGUCUGCCUUGUACGUUUCCUUUGCUUGGUCUGCCUUAUAGGUUUCCUUUGCUUAGUCUGCCUUCGAAGAAGAGCCUCUUUCUGAGCCUCUGUGACCAACCAAUUUUCAUUGACGAUGGGAAAAACGCCUUUUUCUUGGAUAAGCAGAGUGGGAAGAUAUGUUACAUGAUAUCUUCCAGGACCUUAUGUUUGUGGGGGGUGAUACUCCCACAUAUUUGGGAUGGGCUUCUCUUCCCGGCACAAGGUUCCUAGAGGUUGCUGAGCUUAUACGUGGAUGUUGGCUUGAGAUACGUGAAAGAUUAGUACUUGCAUUUUGUCACCAGGGACAAACUAUACAGCUUAUCUUGUGUUCAAGCCAACAGUAGGGUUUUAUAUGUUUGAAGAUCAGCCUGUAGAGGUCAGUGUUGGACUUGUGGGAACUAAAAGCCAAAAAUGAUCUGUGUUUUUGCAUGAAAUGGGAAGUUGGGGGAUGCAAUACAGACACUGUUACGGGUGGUGGCAGCCAUCUUUCACAAUAGUGUCUUGUGGCAAUUUUGCUAAGAAGAGAGGAGAUGAGUGGCGUGAAGUCGAGUUAGGUGACUUUUUCAAUGCAGGAGAUGAAGACGGUGAAUUGGAAAUGAGUAUUUUGGAGGUGAGGGGUGGUCAAUGUGGGGGGGGGUGGCCGCCUCAUUGUUCAAGGAAUUGAGAUAAGGCCAAAGCAGGGUGUAUAAAUAGGUGAUCUUCUUCCUUAAGUAUUGCCGUUGACAUAAGAAUAAUUGCAUUUAUUGGUAAGACAGGAUUUCUCUAGUGUCAAUACCUAGUGUUUGUGUGUUAGUUCUGUAAAGCAUGUGACGUUCCCUGAAGUGAUAUGGCAAUUUGCUUGUUCUGGGAUUCAUUUGAGCUUUUGUGCCAAUUGAUGUUCUUUUGAGAUGAUUAUCUUCUCAGUUUGCUUUUGAGUAAGAUUCCAUGUAUCGGGCAGAUUUUGAUGACA